AUGUUGAAAAGCUCCGAUGGAGACUUCUUUGAGGUAGAGAAAGCCGUGGCCAUUCAGUUUCACACAGUUAAAGGAAAGAUUGAAGAUGAUUGUGGCAACAAUGAAAUCACUCUUGAUAAUGUCACCAGCAACAUCCUCUCCAAGGUCAUCAAGUAUUGCAAGAAGCACAUUGAAUUUACAUUAAACUAUACCAUCAAGAAUGAGGCUAUGACAAAGGAUCUUAAGUCAUGGGAUGAAGAUUUUAUCAAGGUUGAUAGGAUGACUCUAUUCAAGCUGUUACAGGAAACAAGUUAUCUAAACAUAAAUGGCCUUAUAGAUUUGUGCUGCCAAGCUGUGGAUGAAAUGAUCAAAGGUAAAAGUCCAGAAUGA